AUGAAUUUGAAGGUUCAAAGGUAACCCUCAUCAGGUCUCUUUCUAAACAUCUUUAACCCCACCUAGUGGUCAACGCAAGUACUGCAGGCAAAAUGGCGGCGCCCGUGAGGACACUGUGCUGCUCAGUUUUGAGGCUCUCCAGUAGACAAUUCAGCACAACAUGUGGAGUACAAGCUGGAGAUAAAUGGAGGAAAGAACAUGGACUCUCCCGCACCGGUUCAGAAUAUGGCCCUCUGACAGAUCUACCUGACUGGUCGUAUGCAGAUGGAAGACCUGCACCUCCAAUGAAAGGACAGAUGAGAAGGAAGCAGGAGCGGGAAGUUAUAGCUAGGCGUAUCGUGAUGCUGAGCUCGGAGGUGGACAGAGGGAUGGAGGCAUGGAGGAAGAAACAGGAAGAGGCCAGACGUGCGGAGGAGUACAAGAAGUCACUUUUACUCAAACCUAAAGGGAAGCUACUAAUGGAUAAAAAACCUCAGAAAUAGACCGGAAUCAUCGCUGUGAUCACGUCAACACGAGGAUUAUGUUUAUGUCAGCUUCCUGUUUUCUAUUUCAAUAAAUGUUUGUUUUGCUUUA